CUGUCUUGAUAUUAUCUCUUAAUAUUUUGUGUUUAUGGAUUGAUCUGCACGUUAUUUUUAUUUUUCUUAAAUAUGUGACUUGACUGAUGUGCUUUUCAUAAACUACUUGUAAGUUACAAACAAGGAAAUGGUAUAGUCUGUGGUUGUUGUGAUGUAGAGGUAUGUUCAUAUACCUACCGGAGUGAAAGUGCUAAGAUAAGCUUUAUGAUUUUUGUUCACAGGUAAACAGAUAAGCCCUUCACAGUUUGAAGCCCAUGCUGGAAUGGCGGCUAGGCGUCAACCUUACCGCCACAUAUAUAUACUUCCAAUGGAUUUGCAUAGUGGUCACCAUUUGGUAUAAGAUCAGAAAGCUACUGAAACACAGAUUGACACACCUUUGAAAAAGUUCGGUACAGAGUCUGAUAGCAAAUUAAGGAGAUCAUACAUUGAAUGUCAACAUGUGUGUGCUUAAAAUUUUAUAUCUAAUAUUCCUGUUCUUUAUGCUACUAUGUUCAAAUUUCUUUUACAAUUGUCAAUUAGGACCGUUAAUUCUCUUUGUAUGAAUCCCCUUUAAUUCUCUUUUUGACAGAAUAUGAUUUGGUUUUCAUCCUCCUUAUGCACUUUUGAUAUCCUUGUUCGUUUGUCAUGCAGCAACAAUUACAAGCACUACUUGAAAUUCUUAGUUCCACUGAGCCACACUACAUUCGUUGUGUCAAACCCGAUAAUCUUCUCAAGCCAGCAAUCUUUGAGCACAAAAAUGUUUUGCAGCAACUGCGCUGUGGAGGGGUGUCAUGGAGGCAAUUAGGAUAAGCUGUGCUGGCUAUCCCACCAGAAAAACGUUUGAUGAAUUCGUGGAUCAAUUCGGGCUUCUUGCACCUGAAGCUUUGGAUCGUUGGAUUUUGGAGAAGGUUGGGCUUAAAGGAUAUCAGAUUGGUAAGACCAGUGUUUCUUAGAGCUGGUCAAAUGGCAGAACUAGAUACUUAUAGAAGCGAGAUCUUAGGAAAGUCGGUAACCAUUAUUCAAAGGAAAAUUCGUUCCUAUUUGUCCCGCCGAAGUUUUGUCUCGAUCAUUCAAUGGAUUUGGCAAGUUUACGCAUGCAUAUUGCUAGGAAGGCAUACAAUGGAUUGUACAGCUCAACUAUUUCUAUCCAAACUGGAAAGGGACAAGAGCAAAGCAUUUCAGGAGGUUUGCGAGAAAUUCAGGUUUUUACACCCAGCUGAGUGGUUUGAAAAGAGACCUGCAUAUACCCGAAGUGUUGCUGCUAGUUCUAUGGACAAAUUAUCUACCUUAAAUUUGAAGAUCGAAGCCCUGAUAUUUAGAAGAUUGGUAUUAUCUUCGCAUUCUCCUGAUGUAUUCCACCCUUAUAUCAAGACUUCCUUUCCUUUCAGAGAGAUUCUCUCCCUUGGUUAUGAAGUAAUUUCAAAUGUGCUGGAGACUGGUCCUGGAUGGCGGUUAGUUUCUCCACAUUUUACAACUCUAUUGGAAUCUGCAAUCUUCCCAGCAUUUGUCAUGAAUGUAAAGAUGGUUGUGAUACUGAAGAAUGAAGAAGUUAACAUAUGGGGCUCUUCUAUCACCGUCUGAAGCUUCAGAGGAGUUUCGUGAAGGAUAUUUGUUCUGUUUCAGGGCACUGCUUUUGAAUUUAAAUUCCUGUUAUGAUGCGUUAUGUUCUUGUAAACAAAUUCCUGGUUUACCUGCACUGUCGGACAAUGUUUAUAACCAUAAAAUUCAUAAAAAUUUCAAGUAUGAUUCAGAAUCAGAAGAAUGUUUACUUGCAUUUCUCCGGUCUCAAACUGCGUCAGCUGCUGUAGGACAGGACACUGGAUAUCACUUCUUCUCCAAAUACAGAGGCUG